CAUCCCUAUAAUAAACUUAGGCUAAGUGAACUGUCUGUCAGUCGCGCUGUUUGCAGUGGCCAACCUCAGUGUAGCAUGAAACGAUGCAACACCACCUAGAACUCCGGAAUACCCUUUGUUAUCUACCUUUGAACACUACCCAGAAGAUCGUCUACCCUGACGGACGCUUAUACAGACCGAAAGGAGGGAGCCAAGACUGAGGGGUAGAUGUAUCACCCGGAGCGAGCGCAGUAUGAAGAAAGCAGGCAGGCCAGUGGGGAAUAAGGCAGCAAGUGGUGGAGGUAAAUGUGACUCAGUGACAACUGGAACCUCUGCUGGCAAAAGCGCUGUUAAGAGUCCUACCACAGCUCCGCUCUCCAAGGUCAAAAGCAAUGAUGAUCUUCUAGCUGCUAUGGCUGGGAGCAGUGCAGGGACAAACAGCAGUGUUGCCAAGGGCAAGAAAUCAGCCUCUACUCACUCAACAUCCUGCGGAACAAACACUAAUAACCCUGACACAAAGACCAAGACCACCUCAGGCCCAUCUGGCAAACGGACUUCAUCCACGGCCUCCAAGGAGUCAAACUGCUCACGUGAUCGUUUGCGAAACUCCAGAAACUCCAGCAGUAAGAAGCAGUCAUCCACUGGUGCUUCUGAUCGAGCCCAGCCCAGGUAUUCCCGUGGACUGGCCCAAACCUCAGACUCAGAGAGCCGCAUGUGCAAAUCAAAGUCUGACGGACAGCUAAGUGAUAAAGUGGCCCUGGAGGCCAAAGUGAAAAAUCUGUUAGGUCUGGCCAAGAGCAAAGACGUGGAAAUCCUGCAGCUACGGGGUGAGCUGAGGGACAUGAGGGUUCAGCUGGGACUGCCUGAGCACGGUGUGGCCUACUCGGUGGACGAAGACAUCAAGAGUGGCCGAUACCUGGAGCUGGAGCAACGCUACGUGGAUCUCGCGGAAAAUGCUCGCUUUGAGCGUGAGCAGCUGUUAGGUGUGCAGCAACAUCUGAGCAAUACACUAAAGAUGGCUGAGCAGGAUAAUGCUGAGGCUCAGAACGGAGUAUCCAUGUUGAAAAUGUGUGACUCUGUACUGUCUCAAAGGCAAGAUGAGGAGCGUGGACGUGUAUUUAACUACAUGAAUGCUGUUGAGAGGGACCUGGCUGCACUGAGGCAGGGCAUGGGACUGAGUCGACGCCCCUCUACAUCCUCCGAGCCGUCACCCACCGUUAAAACCCUUAUCAAAAGCUUUGACAGUGCUUCACAGGGUCCUGGAGCUAAUGCUACUGCAGUCGCUGCCGCAGCCGCAGCCGCCACCGCUGCAAGCACAACCACGAGCGCCCCCUUACCUCGCACACCUCUCAGUCCCAGCCCUAUGAAGACCCCGCCUGCUGCUGCUGUCUCACCCAUACAGAGACACAUCAUCACUGGCUCUAUGGCUGCUGCGAAGCCCCUCUCCUCCCUUACAGACAAAAGACCCAGUUACACAGACAUCAGUAUGCCAGCUGAGCAUCUACUAAGAGCAGCCAACGGCAGUCGUCCCGCUUCAGCUCUUCAGAGAGUCUCAAGCAUGGACACAUCAAAGACUAUCACAGUGUCUAGAAGAAGCAGCGAAGAGGCGAAGAGGGAUAUCAGUGCUCCUGAUGGAGGCCCAGCUUCCUCUCUGAUGGCCAUGGGUUCUGCUGCACCUCCUCUCUCCCUGUCGUCUUCCUCUUCCCCCACAGCCUCUGUCAACCCCACAGCACGCAGCCGCCUUCGGGAGGAGCGAAAAGACCCGCUGUCAGCUUUGGCUCGUGAAUAUGGUGGUUCUAAAAGAAAUGCACUGCUGAGGUGGUGUCAGAAGAAAUCAGAGGGUUAUCAGAAUAUCGACAUUACCAACUUUAGUAGCAGCUGGAAUGAUGGACUGGCCUUCUGCGCUGUCCUUCACACAUAUCUGCCUGCUCAUAUUCCCUAUCAAGAGCUGAACAGUCAAGACAAGAGACGAAAUUUCACCCUGGCCUUCCAAGCAGCAGAAAGUGUAGGAAUCAAGUCCACUCUGGACAUCAAUGACAUGGUCCAUACAGAAAGACCGGACUGGCAGAGUGUAAUGACUUACGUCACCUCUAUCUACAAGUAUUUUGAGACCUGAGCACAUGUACUUUUAUAGAUUGUACAAAUUUCCACCAACUAACCCGAGUGCAACUUCCCACCAUAUCAUCUAAGCCUAAUCCUAGCACAAAGUCAUAUUAAACCCUUCACAAGGACACUUCACUUAACAUAUGCUGAUAUGACAUCGAUACAUCAAAGAAAAACCUCUACAGUGGAACCGAAUCAGUUUGCCUUGAUAAUGCUUCAACUCACUGUCGCGUGACUCUAACACUACAGACUACAUCUACUAAUUUGUGGUGUGGAUGAUUGAAAUCAGUCUUAAGGAACAGCGUGGACCCGCCUGCGACCCCGUGCCUUUUGCCACCCUGAGUUCUUGCUUCCAGACAUACGUUUGGAGCAAGUACUUCACCUUAAUUCACAGCCGUGGAACUUGUUUUAAAAGAACGAGAUGUGUGGAUUGCUCAAAGCAGUGCCUAAUUGAAACACUUCAUUGGAGUAGCACUUCAGUAGAGGAGAAUUGUACACUAAUAGGAGUUAUUCACUAUAGCACACAGUCAGUCACUUUUUUUACAGGAUUGUUUUGAAAGCCCAUCAUGGGCACAUUAAUGUUACAACUGUGAUGGAUCUUGGCUUGAAAUACUACAUAUUAAAUAGGGAGGUCAGCAAUAAGCUUAUGUAACCCGAUGAGCCAUUUCAUAUGACAUUAGUGCUGCUCACCAACAGCAUGAUACUGUAGUAAACGCUAUAUUCAGAUUAGCAGCACAUGUGCAUGUACUGUCCGGUGUAUUAGUCUGAAACAGUAUACCAAAAAUGAAAUCUGUCACAAUGUCUUUUUGUUUGCAAGCUAACUUUUUUAUGUACUAAUCAAAUGUUAUGUUCUUUCUCAGGAUAAGAAAGUCUUAUUGAUAUUUAUCAAGAUGAAUAAUCAUAUGUGAUUUUCAUGCAGUACUCUACCAGUACCCGCACAUUUUAUUGUUUGCAAAGCACAAAAAUCAUUUUACGUGCACUAAUUCAAAAUGUAAAUGAAGCUACAUUCCAGUGCAUUAAUAUGGAAGAGUUUCGGUCUGAGUGAGAAAAAUCACAGUUGUCACAUAUAUCCUGUUUUCCAGCUGUGCUGAAUUCAGGCAUCGCUCUCUUUUCAUGAGUUUGAAAGACUUUGACGUUUCCCACCUGUCUGCAAAUAACACUUUAAAGGUAAUACAAGACCUGAAAAUAAAAAACAGUAAUGAUAAAAUAGGAAUUUUUCAUGAAUCCAUUGAAAAAAUGUGAGGUAUGGCUCUUAUUUUCUAAACCCUUUUGAUUCCUUCAAUAGGCUAUGUAAUAUUUCCAUUCCUCAGGAAGUAUUUCACAGUGUUUGAAAUAAUUCCUAUUCAAAUUCCAGGGUGUGCAACUAAGCAGCCGUUUUUAGCUCUCAAACAUCUGAAAGACAAAUCUGCAGUUUCCCUGGUAAGCAUUUAAGAUUUAUUCUAAACUGCAUUACUGAGCUACUUUACCUUUGCACCAUGAUCACAUAAUAAUUAAAAGUAAGUGUCAGAUUAAUCUUUAUAUUUCUCCCAAAUAAAGCCUGACCAAAUGUUUUGUUCAUAAGCCGCAUAUCAGCUUAAUUUACUAAACCAGAGACAUGUUGAGUUGGACCUGCGUUCUGUAUAUGUCUGUUUAAUGUACUUCAUCCAGCUUUCAUCACAUUAAUAUGAAUGUAAUACAGCUCUGUUGCCUUUUAGAUUGUUAAUUUACACCAGUUUUCUGUUCUUGAAUGCUGAACUUUCUUUUGCUGCCAUUUGUUUAGGUUUAUUAUCAUUGUGAGAGCAUUAUCUUAAUA